AUGAGAAUCGCCGAGAUUUCAACGCCGGAGCUCCGGCGAGUUCACCAGGACACGGAGGUUCACCACCAUCAUCUUCUUUCCCAAAUCGAAGCCUCUGUCAAGAAGCUCGAGCGCCGUACGGCCGAUAAACCAUCGCUGGAAGCUGUCACUUCCGAUCUACGGCAAUGUCUUGGUCAGCUGAGCCAAUCUUCUCCAUUCUCCAACUCUUUGAAGCUUCAGAUUUGGAAACUGAGCUAUCGCCUUUGGAAUGCUUGUGUCGACAUCUCCAACGCCGUCGCAAUUCUCUCAUCUUCGUGUUCCCCUGCCAUAACAGCGGAAGGCCAUGCCAAACUCCGACAUAUCGCCGCCGACCUCCUCUAUCUCGCCACCGAUGUUACUGGAGUUCCCUCUCCGGCAAUAAAAUCAGCCUCAUUUUACUACAAGACCGGGUCCAUUUGGCAUCAUCUACGAAAUUUGGAUCUCGCGUCGAUCUGUUAUGAGAGAGCCACCGAUCUAGUAUCCAAGGUCAAUGUGGGCUCCAUUUCCGACGCAGGAGAGAAAAGGCUUCUGCUAGAUCUCAAUCUCGCAAGGUCUCGGACCGCGUGGGAGGUUUCGGAUCGGAAUCUCGCGGUGGCCCUGCUGAACCGAUCGAAGGGUUUGCUUUUUGGGUCUUCUGAACACUACAAGGAGCUCGCCAAUCAGUUCUUGAUGUUCGGAAAGGGCUUGCUGUCAAGGAACGAAGAUGCUUGUGCUUUGAGUGAAGCUCUCAAGCUCAUGAACGACGCUUUAGAUAUUUGUGAGAAGGGAUUCAGUGCGGCGAAAACAAGAGAAGAGACAAAAGAAUUCAGAGGCUUGAGGUGGAAGACACUUCGUUUCAUUUCGGCAGUCCACUUGCAGAAGGAAGAGUUCGAUAGUGUUCUGAAGUGCGUUAAGGUCCUGAGAGAGGCUGAUGGUGGGGACGAUCACCCUAGUCUGUCAGUGUUGGCCAUGAAGGCUUGGCUAGGAUUAGGGAGGCAUGGAGAAGCGGAGAAGGAGUUGAGAGGAAUGGUUAUCAAUAAGGGGAUUCCCGAAAGUGUAUGGCUGUCAGCUGUAGAUGCAUACUUUCAGGCAGCUGGAACGGCUGGAGCGGAGACUGCAAAAGGGGUGUUCUUGGGACUGCUGGGGCGGUGCCACGUCAGUGCCGGUGCAGCAGUGCGAGUUGCUCACAGAGUGGUUGGAAAUGGCGGUGAUGGUGGUGGUACUGAAGGAUCAAGAGUGAGGGCCAAAGUGGUGGUUGAUCUAGUGUCUGAUGAAAGGGUUCUAGCACUGUUUGCUGGCCAGGCAGCUGUCAAGGAUCGCGCGGCAAUGCACGCUGUGUUGUGGAAUUGUGCUGCUGACCAUUUUCAAUCCAAAGAUUAUGAGACCAGUGCUGAACUAUUCGAAAAAUCAAUGCUGUAUCUUACAUAUGAUACAGAUGACAAAAUACUUCGAGCCAAGGGCUUUAGAGUAUUGUGUCUUUGCUACCUGGGGCUCUCAAUUUUGGAUCGUGCUCAAGAAUACAUAGAUCAAUCUGAAAAGCUCGAGCCCAACAUUGUCUGCGCUUUUCUCAAGUUCAAAAUAUUUCUGCAAAAGAAUGACCAUGAUGGUGCUACUACUCAAAUACAAGCAAUGACUACCUGCCUUGACUUUCAGCCAGAUUUUCUCUCCCUUUCAGCUCAUGAGGCUCUUGCUUGCCACGCUCUUCCUGUUGCUGUUGCUUCUCUAUCAUGUAUGCUUAACUUCUAUGCUUCAGGAAAAUCCAUGCCGACCAAAGAAGUAGUAGUCCUGCGAACUUUGGUCACAGUCCUCAACAAGGGGCAAGGCAAUGAGCAACAUGCUCUCAAAUUCUUGAAGCAUGCUUGCAAACGAGCAUCUGAGCUUGGUCCUGAUUGCUUCUUUGGAGAAGAUGAGGCUGGAAGACGGGAAUGGAAUUGGUUUGCAGUGACUUCAUGGAACUUGGGUACAAAAGCAGGGCAAAAUAAGAAUUACGAAUUAUCUGCUGAAUUCUUAAGACUAGCAUCAGACUUCUACGCUAUAGCUGAAGGAUCUGAUCACGAAAACGAUGUCAUGGUUUGUAAAUCUUUAGUACUUGCUGCAUCAGCAAUGAUAGCUUCUGAAUUUCAAAGAAAGACUGUAAUGUCAGAAAAUGAAGUCAAGCAAACUGUAGACUUGCUAGACAGAGCAGGGAAGAUGCUGAAGUCAUUUCCAGCUGGGACCUUUGUCAAUGAUGAUCAAAUCCACAGCUUUGAACCAGACCUUUUCUUCAUAUACACCUUCUGUGCUUAUGACAUACAAGCUAGACUAAAUGACUUAGGAUCACAGCUCUUUCUUGUGAAAAGUUUUGCCAGUUCAAAGGCCUGCAAACCCCAGUAUCUCCUCCAGAUAGGCCUCUGUGCAUCUCAGGGAACUCGAUCCAAUCAUGAAGUAGCGUCCUUUGCUCUUAAUGAGUGCCUCUCGGCUUUCUUAUCAUCACCUUCUCCUGAUUACCAAAAUGUUGCUCUUGUUAUCCGCAAACUUGUGGCCAUAGCCAGCUUGCACAAGGGUGAUACAGAUGAUGAUGUUGUGUAUAGCAUGUAUAAGAAAGCCUACCGAAUAAUGGUUGGUUUGAAGGAAGGUGAGUAUCCCACUGAGGAAGGAAAAUGGCUUGCCAUGACCGCAUGGAAUCGAGCAGCGGUGCCAGUGAGGCUAGGUCAGAUUGAAUUAGGCAAAAAAUGGAUGGCUAUUGGCUUAGAAAUCGCCAAGCAUGUUCCAGGAAUGGAAACUUACAAGGCAUGCAUGGAAGAUUUCAUAAGUGGCUUGGAGAAAAAUCCUUAACAAAUGCAUGAAUCUCAUUAAUUUGGUUUCUUGUAGUUCCAUGAUGUACAGGAAAGGAGCCAUACAAGUCCAGCAAAUCUUAUGUACGUUCUUGCUUUGGUAGUGCCCUAAUAGGUUUACGGGAGAGUUUUAGUUACAUCACUACUUUGGAAUUUCUGAUCCUUAACUGUAUAUAGAUGGAAGUAUAAAUGGCAUAAACUUUCUGUAUU